AUGCAAGCCACUGCCUCUGUCCCAGGCCGCGCCGGCGAGCAUGGCUUUUCGGCGGCGGGUAGGCCAGGACACUCCCCCCUGAGCGGUGACGCGCUGCUGCGCGUCAGCAUUCCUAGCCCACCCACUAACUCAGACCACCGCUUCUGGUGGGAUCACUUCGCGCCCUUCAUGCUCUCCUGGUUGAACGCGUCCGGAUGCUACUCCGACAGCGACAUUGCCGGUCACCUGACCAUUCUGCGGGACGUCGUGAUCCCCUCCUUCGGUCCCCCGUCGGUCGUGCAGCACGCUCUCAAGCCAGCCGGCUCUCCUUUUGAAAUGUCAUGGAAGUUCACCCCGAAGGGCAGCAGCAUCCGCUACAUCUUCCAACCGAUGGGCGCCCGCGCCGGCACGGAGGAAGAUCCCUUCGGGUCCAGCAACCUUGACGAUGAGGUGCUCCCCCUCGUGGAGAAGCACUCCCCCGACGUUGACCUUCGAUGGUUCCGCCAGUUCCGCGACGCGUGGAUGAUGCACCGCCACCACGCCGACGCGGCGGCCGCGAAGGAGGCCAUGAAGCAGCACGCAGACGUCAAGAUCCCGUGCCAGGUGUUCCUGGGGUACGAUCUUGAAGGCUCCAGAGCGCUGUUCAAGGCGUACUUUCUACCCGUUUUCAAGCACUUUGCCACGGGCCGGUCGACCGACGACCUCGCGGUGGAGACGAUCCGCGGGCUGGAGCCGUACGGUCAAGAGCUCGAGGGCCAGAUCCUUCAGCUGGAGGAGUUUCUGAAGGAGUGUAAGUACCCGCACUUCGUGGACAUGGUUGGCAUCGACUGCUGCGACCCGGCGACGGCGCGGAUCAAGGUGUACGUGCGCAUCGACAAUGUGAGCCGCGCGUGCGUGAAAUACUUUGUCACGCGGGGCGGAAGGCUGGAUGACGAGCAGACGCGGCAGAUGCUGGGCGACAUUGAUCGUUGGUGGCACCACGUCAUCGAUGAGGAGGACGGCUUGAAAGAGGAGCAGGACAAGAAGCCGAAAACUCCAGCCACGUUCCACAAGGGCAUAGUGGUGGCGAUUACGCUGUCGAAAGCCCUGAAGGACGGGGUCGUAAGGGUUAGGCCGUACUGUCCGUGGAGUAACUACCAGAGCAGCGAUUGGGGCGCCGUGGCGAACUUCGCGGCCAUCUUGAAGGAGCUGGGGAUGGGCGAUGCUGCUGAGACGUAUGUGAAGGGCUGUCAGGCGGCAGCCAACUCCGUGUAG